AGCAAAGAUGUUCUCUCCUCUACUUUUGUGCAGUUGUUUCAUCGCUUUGAUGACCAUCGGCCAUGUCCAAAGCCGAAUGGAUUACACGACAUACGGCAAUCUGUUGGCCCUGCUGGCCGGCAAUGCUGAGCCUGUUGAGAGUCACGCACGAAUUUACAGUGCCAGGCCUGCAUUUAAUUAUCCAGCUGCUUACGGUCCAUACGAUGUCUAUAGUCCAACGAACCAACCAGCAGACGAAACUGAAGUUGAUUUCUUUCGUUCGGGAGCUGAGCCCCGAUUCUUUGGAAUCAAGAAACAUUUAUUGAUGUCUGCUUUGAGAGGUCCACCAGGCCCUCCUGGCCCCCCUGGCGGUGUGACUCCUGCACCUGCUCCUGCUCCGGCUCCCGCUCCAGCUCCGACUAAUGUUGGGCCUCCUGGACCACCAGGUCCUCCCGGCCCUGCUGGUGCAGUUGGUUCAGCUGGCCCACCAGGCCCAGCUGGUGCUGAUGGUCCUCCCGGUCCAGCCGGCCCUGCUGGUGCUAUUGGUCCAGCAGGCCCCCCUGGCCCCGCUGGUCCUGCAGGUCCCGCUGGCCCUGCUGGUCCCGCUGGUCCUGCAGGCCCCGCAGGACCUACUGGCCGUUAAACAUUAAAUUGACCC